AUGACGGAUGAGUGGAAUUUAGUGGUUCUCUCUCUCCAUCUCCUCCUCCAUCCCCCAUCUUUCUCCUCCUCCUCCUCCUCCUCCCCAUCUCCCUCCUCUUACCCCCUUCUUCUUCUCCCUCUCCUCCAUCUCACACCCUUUCUCCCUCUCUCCACCAGGGACACCGCGGACUUGGAGGUGGUGGUGGUGGAGGGCCGCGAGCUGGUCGGUCCGGACCCUCACGUAGCGGUGGACUCCUACGUCAGGGUGUUCCUUCUGCCUGACAAGUCCACCAACAUGCAGACCAGGGUCUGCCGUCGCACCAACAACCCCACGUACAGGGAGCGGUUCCUGUUCGCCCUGGAGGAGGAGGAGCUGCCGCAGCGGUGCCUGGCCUUCUACAUGUACGCCUCCGACAAGUUCACCAACACUCUGAUCGGCGAGGCGCAGCUACGACUCGCAGACCUCGACCUCUCCACCUGCCUCGCGACCACGCUUACCCUCACCGACACGGGCCAGCGCGGCGUCGGCUACGGGGAGAUCAUGUUCUCGCUCUCCUACCUCCCAACGGCGGAGCGGCUCACGGUGGUGGUGGUGAAAGCGCGCAGCCUGCAGUGGACCGGGGACAAGACCACCGCGGACCCCUUCGUCAAGGUAUACGUGCUGCAGAACGGCAAGAAGGUGAUGAAGAAGAAGACCAGCGUGAAGAAGGACACACGCUCCCCGGUCUUCAACGAGGCAAUGAUCUUCAGCGUCCCUGCACCGGCCUUGCAUAACAUCCAGCUGCGCGUGACGGUGGCGGAGCACAGCAGCGACGGAGGCCAGGCGCGCGCCGUGGGUCAUGUCAUCGUGGGCACGCAGGCCACGGGCAAGGCACUGUCCCACUGGAACCAGAUGAUGUCGGCGCUGAGGAAGCCCAUCGGCAUGUGGCACCCCCCUUGCGUGUGUGGCAGGGUGAAGGACCUGUAA